AUGGAUGACCGAGAGUCUUGGCCCACAGGUUUAUUUUUCUUUCCCUUUAGACUAAAGGCCGCUGCCACAAACAUCCUUUACCAGAUCCUCGGUCAGGCCAAGAAGCAUCCGAGCCUGAUUCCCCUCUUCAUGUUUAUUGGAGCCAGAGGUACUGGAGCAGCACUGUAUGUCUUGUGUCUGGCAUUGUUCAAUCCAGAUGUUAGUUGGGACAGAAAGAAUAACCCAGAACUCUGGAACCCUCUGGGUCCCACUGAUCAAUACAAGUUCUGCUCAGUGAAUGUGGAUCAUAGCAAACUGAAGAAAGAAGGUCCAGAUUACUUCUAAACCAAAUGUUUCACAAUAAAGCUGCUUAGGAUGGUCUUCCAGAAGCCAUCUGCACAAUUUUCCACUUAACCAGGAAAUAUUUUUCAUCUAAAUGCAUGAAAUCAUGUUGAUGUGUUGAGCAUUACACUGAUUAAUAAAGAUCCGAAACUUAAAAAAAAGGACAGAGGAUGUGCCGAGGCUGAGCCCAUGAGAGCUGGGUGGGGCAGUGAGUGACCAGGUGUUCUGGCCACACCAGGAAAACAGACCACAGGGUCCACCAGCUGUGGCAACGCAGCAUCAGAAGGGAGAGGCUAGGCGGGAUGAGUCUCCUCUCAAAGCAGCAUCAGGUGGAGUCAGCAGGGGGAGAACCACGCUCCAACCCCAAGCAGGGCCAAAAGGCCCCGCAUCCUGAAGCCUUUUGGAAAGUAAGAAACAGCCCUGACAAAGAGUUUGAACUUCACGCUGGUCAUAAAUAUUUACUUGAAGAGAAACUGCUUCAUUUCAGAGGAGCUGAUCUUCCUUAAUUGCCAUUCUCUGUUUUUUUUUUUUUUUGAGACAGAGCCUCAAGCUAUCACCCUGGGUAGAGUGCCGUGGCAUCACAGCUCACAGCAACCUCACAGCAACCUCCAACUCCUGGGCUUAAGCGAUUCUCUUGCCUCAGCCUCCCAAGUAGCUGGGAUGACAGGCGCCCGCCCCAACUCCUGGCUAUUUUUUGGUUGCAGCCAUCAUUGUUGUUUGGCGGGCCGGGCUGGAUUCGAACCCGCCAGCUCAGGUGUAUGUGGCUGGCGUCUUAGCAGCUUGAGCCAUAGGCGCCGAGCCAAUUGCCAUUCUUUAAAUGUUUCUUCCAACCACUGGUGGGAACGGGUUCUCCAGCGUGAGAUCGGGUAGUGAAAAUAAUAGCAAUAGUUUUUUUGUACAUCCAAAUUGCAAUGUGUGAAUUU